AUCAGAGUGAGUGAGAGCAGAAGUAGAGCAGGGUCAGAGUGUAAACCAGCAGCAUGAGCACUGAGGCACCACUGAAGACUGAUUCAGCUGCAGGGAGGAGAGGCUGGAAGUGCCCUCUGAGUGACGCUCAUGUUCACAGAGAAGAUGUGAGGAAAGUCUGGAAAGAAUGUCAAGAGGAGAGCUUCUGGUACAGAGCACUUCCUCUUUCUCUGGGCAGCAUGGCAGUCACUGGUGGUCUUAUCUACAAAGGCAUUUGGAAGUCAUCACCAAGAUUUGGUCCCUUUCCAAAACUAGCAGUUGCGGGGCUCCUUGGGUUUGCAGUGGGAAAAGCUUCCUAUGUUGGAACAUGCCGAAGCAAAUUCCAUGAGCUCGGGAUAAAAGAUGGGACAGGAUUCAGACCCUGGUCUAGGAAUGGACUCCAUGAACCAGGACGCAGAUUUUGUAACCACGUGUGUGAAGAGUGUAAGAAAAAAGACCAAGCUGCACCUUCAGUACAAGAAUAAAGCCAAUGCCUGCUUCAUCAUAAACAAAGAAUGACUGUUGAUGGGGAUUUAUCUGUUUUUCCAUCUCUAUAAUAAACACUACAAUGACCUUU